AUAAAAAUGAAAAAGUGGAUGACUCCUGAAGGUUCUAGGUUUGGUUUCUUACCAAGAAUCAACUUGUUACAUAAAGCUCAGAUGUGCUUUGGGGCAGCCCAGAGCAAGUUCAUGCCAUACCUGUUAAGAUUUCAGCAUGGUAUGACUGUAACCAAGACAAGCGCAAGACUUACCUGUAUUGAGAUGAAGAAGUUCUUCAGUGCAGCUGAAGCAAAGGCGGCUUUCCAAUUUUCACUAAUGAACGCUAAAGAGCUCAAUGACGAAGUUAUAAUGAGCCGUCUUCGAGCUAUAAACACUGACAAGCUUCAAUCAUUGUGUAGCCAAAAGCUUUCCUUCCUUAAAAGAUCAAAGAAGGAAGGAACCAAGGAAGAGGACUAAAUACGAUUUGACCCACUAGGCAGCCUGCUAACAAGCUGCUAGGAACAUAUUCAGUCGUAGUCUUCCUAAAAUUUUGCCUGCAGUUCUUGCGAUAUCUGAGUCAUUCACUGAAUUAUCGAAGUCUGGAGUAGACAAAUUCUACAUUCAGGCUGAAUUCAGCCGAUAAAAGUACCCACUUACGAUGAGAUUGCAUCUGAAUAGAGGUCCUUUCCUCUUGAUGUGGUUUCUCUCUUCCAAUGAUUAAUCCAAAAAGAUACAUGAGGGAGAUCCAGCAAAGUACAAUACUUUGCUCAUACAACAACACUCUUAGGGGUAAUUUGAUUCAAAUUCUCCAAAGAUGGGUACUUUAAAAAUUUGACUGAGAUUAUAACCAGGAGCAAGAUACAGGUGAAAGAUGCGAAAUAGGAAAAGAUGCGGCUGUGAUAUAAAUUUCUUUAACAACGAUUCUCAAAACUCAUUGUUUUCCCUCGAUUAUUCACUUUAUGUACCCCCAAUCUUUGGACAUA